UUUUGAAAGGAUGCCAAUUAUUUUAGUAAAAUUUAUUGACAAAGAACGCCAAAAAAUGUUUAAUAUUCUAAAAUCUCUAAAUUUUAUUUUAUGUUUUGAGAAACUUCUUAAAAUCAAUAUUCUCUAAAUUUAAUUUUUUUUGAAAAAUUCCCCCUAAAUUUCAGUAAAAAUUUUCUCAAACAACAAAAUAAUGGGACGAACAAAAUGUGCUGCUACAAGUGAAUCUUUAACCCUUAAAGGAGGGAAUAAGGGCAAAGGGAAGGAUAGAGCUUCACAUACUUCUCCAAUUAAGACAGGCUUUGAUGGGAGAAUGGACGCGCCGUGGCAGCGUCAAGUUGCUUAUUCACUUAGACUUCCAUGUACACUUAUUCAUACUACUUCUAAUGGUACAGAAAAAACACCAGCCAAGAAUGCAACUAAUGAUCGGGAGAAAGUGAGACAAGUAUUUUGGGCAAAAUCACUGGAAGGUCUCUGUGCUAUGGUACCUGUAAAAGUUGCAGACAAAUUUUUGUCCGAGCCAGGUGGCGCCGGUGGAUACAUUCCACAACGUUUAGAAUUGCCCCCAAGAAUGGAAAUUAUGGCUCCCUCAUUGGAUAUAGAAGGAACAGCAGCAACAUUUUGUACAGCUUUACAUUCUUUUGAUAUUUAUGGAACUGAAUUAACUGGCCAAACAGCUACUAGAAAACAAAUAGAAGAGAACCCUUUUGACAGUUUAAAAUUUAACCAGCCAUUUGUACAGAUUCCUACAAUAACCGAGCAAGACAUUUCACAACAAGAACGACGAGUUUUGGAUGCUAGAAAACGGCUACAAGAAUUGAGAAAAUCCUUUGUUAUUCGAUAAAUUUUGUGCUUUUUAAUAUUUUUCUUUUUUUUCUAAUUUUCUGUCUAUUCUUUGGAUAAUAUUUUUGAUAUUUAAUUUUAAUUCGAAUUUGAGAUUAGAAAAAUUAAAAAUAAAAUUAAGACAACUUUUGAUGAACAAAACCUUAUUCUAUUCAAAAAUGCUAAGAAACAUCCCUACAGAUAUGGAAGCCGCUACC